AUGCAUCCACACGAAAUUGACUCAGCAGGGCCUUAUAGGUUGCUGUAUUGUUCUGGUAAGGGAGACAAAGCAGGGGUUAUACAGGAGUUGGAGAAAGGUGUGGUUCCUAAUCUAGCUGACUAUGAUAAGAGAACAGCUCUCCAUUUGGCCUCUUCUGAAGGUUGUAAAGACAUUGUCCUUCUCCUUCUCGAGAAGGGUGCUGAUGUCAACUCCGUCGAUCGAUGGGGCCGCACACCUCUGUCUGAUGCUAGAAGCUUCGGUCAUGAGGAAGUUUGUAAGAUAUUGGAAGAUCAUGGUGGAACAGAUCCGGUGGGAAUUGACUCUCAGUUUCCAUGCUAUAAAAUUAGUCACACAGAGGUGGAUAUGAAUCAAGCAAAACUUAUUGGAGAGGGAUCUUAUGGUGAAAUUUAUUUGGUGAACUGGCGUGGUACUGAAGUGGCCGCAAAAACAAUUCGUUCCUCUAUCGCAUCAAAUCCAAAAGUAAAAGAUUCCUUUAUGAAAGAACUCGCUUUAUGGCAAAAGCUACGCCACCCUAAUAUAGUGCAAUUUCUUGGUGUUCUAACCUCUGACCGGUUGAUCUUCCUUACUGAGUAUCUUCGAAAUGGAAGUCUGUAUGACAUAUUGAUAAAGAAAGGAAGACUUGAUCAAAAAACUGCAGUUUCUUAUGCUUUAGACAUUGCCAGAGGAAUGAAUUAUCUCCAUCACCAUAAACCACAUGCUAUAAUUCACAGAGAUUUGACACCAAGAAAUGUGUUACAAGAUGAAGCUGGGAGACUGAAGGUCACUGAUUUUGGAUUGAGCAAGAUCAAUCAGGAGAAAGAUCCUGGUUAUAAGAUGACUGGAAGAACAGGUUCAUAUCGCUACAUGGCACCUGAGGUUUAUCGUCGCGAAACUUAUGGAAAAGGUGUUGAUGUCUUCUCAUUCGCUUUGAUAGUAUAUGAGAUGUUUCAAGGAAGACCAUCAAAUCUAGCCGAGGAUCCAGAGCAAGUUGCAGACAGGCGAGCAUAUGAAGAUUCCAGGCCUGCACUAUCCUCUUCCUUAUUCCCUGACAAGAUUAAGGCGCUUCUAAGAGACUGCUGGCACAAGAAUCCAGAGUCCCGGCCAACAUUUGAAGAUAUAAUUUCUGAGCUAGAGCUCAUCCAUCUCAAACUCCAAAAUAGGAAACCAGCGAUAUCAUUGUGUAGUUGUGUUGUCUUGUGAAUCUCAGAUUUUCAUCAACAUAUUAUUUAGUUUGUUUGUCAGAUUGUUAUUUAAUGACAACAUGGACAUAUAAAUGUUUUACCAAACAUGUAGAUAUUAUUUCGUAAGUGUGGUUCUUACCGCUACCGGUACCGACAAAUAAAAA